CCAGAUCGCAGUCAGAAUCAUGUUCUCAGUCGUCUGCAGACCUCUAAUCACCCCGGUAGUCUCUGUUAGUUUCCGCACAGCUGCAGCCGCAAUGGCAGACGCUCUGGCUAAAAUCCCCAACGUGGAGAUUGAUCCCGAAGGAACCUUUAAAUACAUACUGGUCAGAGUGAAAGUAAAAGACGGCGAUAUGCAAAAAGACAUAGUGCGAGGGACAAAAAGUGCAGAAUACCACAAUCAUAUAUUUGAGAAGGUCAGUCCAGCUCUGGAGGCCUUGGGGAUGGAGAGUAAAUGUCUUGGAGGAGGGAAGAUAGACCACAACAGCAAGGAGAAGAAAAUUAGGGUGUUUGGAGAAUCAACUGCCUUUGGCAAAGCAGACCAUUCUGUGUCUGUAGAGAAGCUCAAGGUUGUUUUCACUGACUAUGAAGUCACCUGGUCUGAUGACAAAAAAUAAGUUUGGAAACCUUCAUCUCAUUACACAAGUUUACUUUCAUUCAUCAACCCAGUCUUGAAAGCAAACCAUGCUUUAACCCCCUGUGUUAUUCUGUGUUUAAAAUAAAACACCUCUGCAAUUA